AUGGUCGGAGUCAAGGACUUGGUUUUGAUCACCGUGAGCCACAACGUGUCCUUCGUGGGGAAGUCCUGGCUGCUCUUCAUGAUCGGUUUCCGUUCGUUGUUCGUGUUCUUGGCCGGUUUCUCGCUGUUCGGUGACGAGCAGCAGAUGUUCGUGUGCGACACGCUUCAGCCCGGCUGCUCCAACCUCUGCUUCAACCUUUUCUCUCCUCUGUCCGUCCUGCGCCUGUGGCUCCUCCACCUGCUCCUCCUGCUGCUCCCUCACCUGCUCUUCCUCACCUACGUCACCCACUCCGUCCUGUCCGCUCCUCCUCCUCCUCCUCCUCCUCCUCCUUCUUCUCCACGCCGACUCAAAUUCUCCUGCGCGUACGUGUCGGUGGUGCUUCUGCGCACGCUCCUGGACGCCGCGUUUGGGGUCGGUCAGUUCCUCCUCUACGGUUCGUCCUUUCCCAAAACCUUCCUGUGCUUCGAGGCUCCGUGCGCGUCGGGGAUCGAGUGCUUCGUGUCCAGAGCCACGGAGAAGUCGCUGAUGCUGAACGUGAUGCUGGCGGCGGCGGCGCUCUCCGUCUGCCUCGGCGUCCUGGACCUGCUGGGCUCCCUGAAGGCCGCGGCGGGCCGGAGGAAGAAGCGUGAGAACCUUCCGGAGGAGCCGAGCCGAGGAGAACGGAGCGGCGUCUUCUCCGCCGGCGAGGACGCGGACCGCCUGCUGACCAAGAGGGCGAGUAACGAUGCCAAACACGCCAACGGCCGGGCCACGAAGCCCCCCGUCCGCCCGCGCCCCGACCCGGCGGCGGCGGCGGCGGCGAGCUCCGGACAGCAGUCGGACAGCAGUGACUCGCAGGACCACAGGAGGGCGUGGGUGUGA